AGUCUGUUUCUAUUCUCUAAAUAUUCUCUAAAUAAGUGACCAGUUCUAUGAUAUAAAUCAGCAGCCAUAGAAGCAUUUCUUUUCUUUUGCCACUAGAGGACGCACAUUUGAUACAAUUGUGGCCGAACUCAGCUAUUAUGUUGCCUUCAUAGACUAUCGGUGACUUAAAAAUAUUGAUAAACACGCACACAAAUAGAUGAAUGUGUAGAAUAAUUCCAACAAUACGUUCCUGAAUUACCUUUACGGUUACUUUUGUAUAAAAAUAUAACUACAAAGAUAUGGCAACAAGGGUGUAUAUAAAAGUACGUUCGUUGUCUUUUUUGUUAUCACUUGAAGCGCAGAGCUAGUAAAGGCAUCGCUGCUCCUGGACUGCCGGACACAGCUUGUGCUUGAGGAGGACGCCGUAGGCUGACACAUAAACAAAGUGGCUGCAUGGUUCCUUGGACCAACACGCAUUAGCUGUGUCCGUGUGGCCAGUGUGAUGUGAUAGCCGCUGUGAUCCGUGCAUGCUGCAUGUCAGUGAUUAACCCAUCGUCAUCCGGCUGCUCUUCCUCUUACUUCAGAUGCAUGGUGCUCUUUAAGCGUGUCUUCAAACUGCAUGUUGUGCUGUGAAUGAGGAAUCAUGAGACAAAACAAGGAUAACCGUCUGGCACUGUUGUCCAAGACAUCAUUCCAGAGCCAGACCAACCAUGGACUAGAGCUUGAGAGGAUUCACGCUGAUUUGGAGGUGGGAAAAAGUCAAACCCAAUGGAGCCACAGACACCUGUAUGUGGAGCUCAGGCAUCUACGGGAAAAAGCAGAAAGCAACCUCCAGAAAGCUGUGAGGGAGCUGGUGGCAAGACGUGGGCACCAAAAGAACGUGUACUUUGACAGACUUGCCAGAGAUAUAAAUGUAAAAGACACUGGGCAGUACAGCACGUCUGUGUCCACAGGGAAGGAAGCCUCCUGUUCUUGCAGCAGACACACACAUAUAAAUCUGGAGCUACUGCUGCUGACGCUGUAUGAGGAGAUAGAUGCUGUCUUUAAACUCCAUCACCGACAGGAAUCUGAGCGGGAAAAAGCUAUCCUUCUCUGCCACCUGCUACAGCGUCACAGAAAGCAGUUGCAGGGAAGACAGAGAGCUGUUCAUCCCAGCUAUAAUUUAAAAAGUCUCUCUAAAAAGCCUGCUCAGAAAGACGGUGUGAACUCCUGCCACAGUGCCUCCCGUUCAUCGGGGCGGACUUCAGGCAGGGGUUUGUGUGCAGCUGACCCCAGUGCCAAUGCUACAGCCCUGGACACCUGUCAGUGCAGCUUGCUGAAAAAUUGCGACACUCUCAAUGCAGGCCGCAGUGACCAUCCCCCCUGUGGUGCCCCAAGAACAGGAGAGUCCACGCCCUCUAAAUGCUUGAACAUAAACAUGGAGUGCGGCACUGAUUACGGGUUCCUGGUACGACAGAAUUCUGAACUCCUGCGAGCCCUAGAUGAGCUGGAAAAGACUUGUUCCACACUGAGGGAGGAAAAUGCCCUUCUGCGGAAGAGCAGCGCCCCAGAGACUGAGGAGAAGGUCAGGCGGCUGAGGAGGAAGAACACAGAGCUGGCUCUUUUUGCUAAGAGGCUUGAAGAAAGAGCUAGAAAACUUCAGGAGGCCAAUCUAAGAGUGAUCAGUUCCUCGUCACCACUGCGACCUGUGUCUGUGGAACAGUACAAGAGGGCAUUUGCCCGUCAGCGAGCUCGUGACCUUGCCCAGCAUGCUGAUGCACUGCUGUGCAAAGACAAAAAGAUUUCUGCCCUGCAGCAGGAGUGCAGAAACCUGGAGGCACGUCUGGGCAAUAGCAAGGGCUCCUCUACUCAGCCUGGAAGAAGGGAGUUCGAGAAGCUCCUGCAGGAGUCUCAGAUGGAGGUGCUGCGUCUCCAGAGGCAACUUUCUGUCACAUCGUCCACACAGCAGCAGCAUAACCAGAGGCCUGAGCCGAGUGGCUCAGAGAAGUGUGUGGAAACUGAGAGAGAGAAAAGGGAGAAGGUUGCAGGGGUGUCACUAGAUGAAGCCUCAUCCAGGUGUGAGAAGACCCCAAAUGAGGAGUCUAAGCAGCCAGUGAAGCCCCCACCGGGCCUCAGCCCGACCCUCUCCAUUCAAGAGCAGCACACAGAGAAGCAGCAGCUACAGUUUCUGGAGAAUGAGCUGGGCAAGAAAAGAAAAGAAUGUGAAGACCUUGAGCAUGAAGUAAAGAAGCGACAGAAGAGAUGUCUAGAUUUGGAGAGCCAGCUUGAAGAUGAGAGAAGUAAAAGUGAGCAUCUAAAGGAGGAGGCAGAUCUCCUUAAGAAGAAGGCUCUGCUGCUUGACCAGCCCCCUCAGUCUGACAGUCUGUUUCUCCAGACUCGGUCUGAGAAUGAAGAGCUAAGGGAACAUCUCUCUGAAGUGACUGCUCAACACAAUUCAGUUCUCGAGGAGAACCAGAGACUCCGUGCCAAACUGGAGAACCUAGAGCAGGUCCUUAAGCAUAUGCGAGAGGUCGCCGAGCGAAGGCAGCAGCUGGAAUUGGAACAUGAUCAGGCACUGGCUAUCCUUAAGUUCAAACAGGAUGAGAUCAAACGUUUACAGCGGGCGCAAUUAUUUGCCAAAAGGGAGCAUGAAGGAGUGGUCCAGAUGCUGGAGGAGUUGACUCAGCUCGUGUUGCGACGAGAGCUGUCCAAGGUGCGAGAGCUGGAGGAGAAAUGUCGCAGCCAGAGUGAACAGUUUGGUCUGCUGUCUCAAGAGCUGGAGAAGUUUCGACUGCAGGCCUCAAAGGCAGACCUGGCCAGCUCCACACUUCUCAACAAUCCCAGUCUCUCAGUUCUGACCAAUGGUGUGGACCUGACCACAGAGCGAGAUGUGGUGGCUGCGCUGCGGAUAGACUCUUUGGGGCUGUCCAGGAGGGGGGGCUCGCCCGUCACCAAGCAUCGUGAGCUACCCACCAUCAGUGUCAGCAAGUCAGCCUCUUCCUCCAGCAAGUCAGAGUCCAGGCACCUCAGCCCUAAGUCUGACUCUCACCUCAGUCCACGCAAAUCAAGCCCAACACAUGAGGUGGACACGGCAAGUGAAGUAGAUGAACUGGACAUUGAUGUGGCCCCAGCACCUUACACCGCCCACGGAGGAGCAGCUAAGCUUCAGGUCUUUAUUGCAAGAUAUAGCUAUAAUCCUCACGAUGGCCCCAAUGACAACCCCGAUGUUGAGUUACCUCUCACUGCUGGAGAAUACAUCUACGUGUAUGGAGAUAUGGAUGAUGACGGCUUUUAUGAAGGUGAGUUGAUGGAUGGACGGAGAGGGCUGGUCCCCUCAAAUUUUGUGGAACGUGUAUCAGAUGAUGAUGUCAUGAGCACUCACCAUCCAGAGAUGGGGGACAUGUCUCAUAACACCCUGCACAGUGCCACCUUGUCUGUCCCAGCACCCCUCACCAACGGAGUGGACUUCGAUUUGGAGGAGGUGGGAGUAGACAUUGUGCCUUACCCACGUAAACUCACCCUCAUUAAGCAGCUUGCCAAGAGUAUCAUCAUUGGCUGGGACCCUCCGUUGGUGCCAGCUGGGUGGGGUGUUGUGUUGAGCUAUAAUGUGUAUGUGGAUCAGGAACUGCGGUUGAACGUACCCUUUGGUGCUCAGACCAAAGCGGUGCUGGAGCGGCUGGACAUAAACCUUAAGGCCUAUCGAGUGUCGGUGCAAAGUGUGACGGAGAAGGGUUUGUCGGAGCAGCUGCGCUGCAGCAUGCUGGUUGGCAGGGAUGUUUGUGUUGCGCCGACGCAGCUGCGUGUUGAGAGCAUUACGGCCACCUCUGCCAACCUGACCUGGCUGCCCAGCAAUAGCAACUAUGUGCACAUUGUGACCUUGAAUGAGGAGGAGCAUGAGCUGGUGAAGGCUGGCUGUUACUCACUGUGCCUCAGUAACCUUUUGCCUAGUAUGCAGUACACAGUCAAAGUGGAGGCAAGACCACACCGCACACCGUGGGAGUUACCUGUGGAGCGACGGGAACACAGAACCUCUUCAGUGUCCUUCACCACACUGAUGGCAGGUCCACCUGAUGCUCCACUGGAUGUGCAGCUGGAGCACGGCCCCUCUCCUGGUAUCGCCCUAAUCAGCUGGCUGCCAGUCACUAUAGAUGCUGCUGGAACCUCCAACGGAGUCCGUGUCACUGGAUACACCGUAUAUGCUGACAAGAAAAAGGUGCUGGAGGUGUCUUCCCCAACGGCAGGCAGUGUUCUGCUGGGGCCUUCUCAGAUCCAGUCCCUGCAGGUGGCUCAGGAGCUCACUGUCCGCACCAUGUCUGCCCACGGAGAGUCCUGUGACUCACUGCCAGUCAACGUGCCCUCUAAACUGGCAACCAUCAUGUCAGGGCCAACUCCUCCUGCCCCAUCGAUGCCCCUUUCCCAAGCCUGUGCCCCAGUAGGACACAAUAAAAUGCCUUUGCCACUGUCUUACAUGAACUCUGCUGCCAAAGACUCCAUGCCUCUCUGCACUUUGCCAUCACAAAACACUGGCCUCUCAGUGGAGGCUCCUGCCAAUUUUUCUAAAACUCUACACAGUACAGACUUUCCCUCAUCAGCCUCAUACGUCCAGGCCUGGGCCAAUCCUUCUUCUGCUGCUUCCCUGCCUGUGUGUGAGACCACAUCACCUGUGGGCAACACCAUCACACCAGUGGUGAAUGUGAAUGUGACUCCCCCCACCACAUCACCACCAGGGCCAUGUCCAGCAGGAGCACCAGCACCUGGACAAGAGCCAGUCAUGGCAACAGAUGCAGUAGCAGCAGCGUUGGAGCAGCGCAGAGACACAGACAGCCCUGGAAUCAUACGUCCCUUCCCUUCUAUCACAGAGUUUAUUGAGGACAAUUGUGCCAAGCUGGGGAGCCCUGAACGGAUCCCUUCCCCACCUAAAGCCCCAAUCAUGGACCUCCUUCACCCUCAGGAAACGAACCUGCUCCGACCUCCCAGCACCUCAACACUAGAGUCUGAAGUAGAGGAGGAGGAGGAGAACAGCCGUCUGGUGUCCAUUGAAGAUUUCCUAAGACAGGACGAUGAGCCGGUGUACAGCAGGAGGCAGCAGAAUCAUGGCAGAGGGCUCAUAGAACCAUCCACUGACUACCAUGGGGAUAACAGCCGGUCGGACCUGUCUGACAUCCUCGAGGAGGAGGAGGAAGACCUCUUCUCUGACCAGCUUGGAGCAGUGCAGACCAUAGGAAGUAGAGCAGGAGUUAACAGGCAGGAGCCGGAAGAAAUUCCGUUUUCUGAAGCCAGUCCAUUAAGAGGGGCCAAGGCUGAGCCGUCGUCGCAGGUUAAAAACUCUAAAGUUGUAGCCGACUCUCCAAAGGUUAAAAGAGGCCGUGACGUACGCAUCUUUGUGGCCCUGUUUUCUUACGACCCUGCCACCAUGUCACCUAAUCCUGAUGCUGCUGAAGAAGAGCUGCCCUUUGUCGAAGGACAAAUUGUCAAAGUUUACGGAGAUAAAGAUGCAGAUGGAUUUUAUCAAGGCGAGGCCGGGAAUCGUUCUGGUUACGUACCGUGUAACAUGGUGUCUGAGAUCCAGGUGGAGGACGAUGAGACGCGGCAGCAGCUGCUGCAGCAGGGCUUCCUGUCCACAGCGGCCUCCAUGGAAAAGAUAGCAGGAAGCACAGUGGUGGGAGCUCGCAGGAUGGUCGCCAUCUUUGAUUAUGACCCGAGAGAGAGCUCCCCGAACACCGACAUAGAGGCCGAACUGACUUUCAGUGCAGGAGACGUCAUAAAGGUGUUUGGAGACAUGGAUGAAGACGGCUUCUUCUUUGGGGAUUUAAAUGGACACAGAGGAUUGGUCCCCUCAAACUUCCUGCAGGCUGUACCAGAGGAAGCCGUAGCAGAACCUGUCGGUGCUCAGCCUGCACCACAGGCCAAGAAAGACUCACAGGGUGCCAUGACGUCAUCUGAACCUCAUCCUGGGCCACAAACCACAAAGGACGAAUGUUUGGAAAAACAAACAGAGCCUUCACCUCCAGACCCAGUGAAACACACAGAGCUGUCACCGGGCCCUGCACCCUCUGAAAGUCACGCCUCAGAGCCGGUGGCCCCAGCUGGUCCAGCUGGGGCUCCAGCCGCAGUGAAGACCCUGAACUCUCCUCCGACUCCUCUUCCAGUGGACACCCCCACAAAAGCAGACUGCUCUCCAACAGGCAAAAAGAAAAAAGGCUUUUUCUCCAAAGGCAGGAAGCUGUUUAAAAAGCUGGGCUCCAGUAAGAAAGAAUGAAAGUCAAGACGUGUGACUCAGGACCUGUGUCACUAUAAAUGCACUUUUUUCUCUUUUUUUCUCCUAACCUUUAGUCACGAUUCACAGUUGACGCAGUUAGCUGCUUUUAGAUCUUAUGGCUUCAACAACCAGUAUAUAUACACUAGCCUGCGAGACCAGCUGUUGAAUGGAGUUUUUCAAAUGUCAGCGUAUUGCACUCAGCAUCUUUAAGAGCAUGGCGUGCAUGUUGAUGUCUGCAGACUCAAAAACGUCUGCUGCGGGGGCGGGGGUUCUGUUGUUGUUGGAACGUCUGCCGAUGUUCCACUCAUCAGAGGCUUUAAUGAUUCUACUGUGUUUAUAUGUAGCAUCUCUAUACUGUAACCCUCAGCAGUAGUCUAGAGUAAACGUUCUAUUGAUCUAAGUUGAUCUGCUGACCGCUAACACUUUCAUUUGGUCUACUAUCAGAAAGGCAAUAAUUACAGAGAGUUCUUUACUGCUUGUUUGAGGAGGUUCAGUUUAUGGUUAAUACCAGAGUUUGGCUCCUGUAGUGCGGCUCUGUAUGGACUUGAAGAGAACGAUCUUCAUAUACAGUCCAUGUUAAGUCCCUGUUCCCUGCAUCAUGAUUACACAUCCACCUUAUUCCUGGUCUGUUAUACAGUUUUUUACAUGAUUUAACUAUAUCCACACAUUUGAAGGUUUUCUUCUUCUGUUUGGAGUGUAUAGAUCCUAGUCACAGUGAGAGGUGACAUUAAGACUGAAAGUCUGACAGUUUGAUAAAUAGUCAGUGGCUUCAUACCACACUGAGAACCAGUCAAACCUCCACCUUAAAAUCUUCAUGUAAUGAGUGGAUGACAUGAAGCUACGGACAACGGUUAGUACUGAGGCAAAAGUACUGAGGCCUAAAACCACGACCUCCACAGCAAUAAAGAUGGAUGCGUGUUAUCUAAGAUGCAGAACAGAAUAGUUGACUAGCAGCUCUUGUUGGUUUUUUCUUCACUUGUAUGUAGGGACAGUGGUGGCUUAGUGGUUAGUGGAAGCGGACUUGGGUCCGGAAGGCUUCAGGUUCGAGUCCACCAGCUGCAAAGUUCCCACUGAGGUGCUCUG